AGCAAUGAGUCAAAGAUCGGCUAUAAAUUAUCUCUGACCGCGGUCAUGAUUGUAUUCCCCAUAAACAGAUAAAAGUGUCAAGAUGCAGGCGAUUUUUUGGUGUUUGGUCUUUCUCUUUGCCUCAGUUCAGUCCCGCUCGCACGAACGACCCAAUCCUUUUGGUGGCCAAAUCGGCUUGGAGUGCAGAGAAGAAGGCAAGUUGAGCGAUGACGCUUUACUAGACAUUUUGGACGAACACAAUAUAAUCGUCCGAAAGAACCCUCACGUAUAUUCAUUCUUCGAGUGCACGUUUAGAAAGUAUAAAUUUCUUGAGGAUGGAAAAUUUGUUAAGGAUACCAUCAUACCCUACAUGGUGAAAGGCCCGGUAGAAUUUUACAAACCCGACGUUGUCGAUCAUCAGAAGACCGCUGAAGAGACUUACGAACUUUGCAAAAACGAGGAAGGCAAAACGGCCGGCGAGCGCGUUGUCAAUUUCAUGAACUGUGCUGUAGGACACCUUUCUAGCAAAAAAUAAGUUACAGUUGUUGAUUACAGUAAAAUUAAAUGUGACGACAUCGCAAUUAUUAAAGACACUUUUAAAUUCG